AUGAAUAUAGACAAAGUGGGAUGGUUUCCUGGAAAGCUGGACCACAAGUGGUGGCACUCAUUGCUAAAAGCAGUUUUGAAGAUGCGUACUGUCCCUCAACACAUUGCAUUUAUUAUGGAUGGUAAUAGGAGGUACGCUCACUCACACAACUUCGAUUCGGUUAUUCAAGGGCAUUUGGCAGGGUUUGAACAGUUAACCCAGAUCUUGGAGUGGUGUCAUGAACUUGGCGUUUCUGAGGUUACGGUUUACGCGUUUAGUAUAGAAAAUUUCAAAAGAACGGAAGAAGAAGUUAGAGGUUUGAUGGACCUUUUCGAGAGCAAACUGGGACAGCUGAUUAAAGAAAUCCACAGGUUUGAAGAAAAGGAAAUCGCUAUACGAUUUUACGGUGAUCUUUCUUAUUUAUCUCCAAAAUUGCGAAAGCUGACGGCAGAAGUCGAACUUAGGACCAUGAAUUUCAAAAAGCUAGUUUUAUUUUUCAUGCAUAAUCGAACAUUUGUUGGGGUUUUACCUUACCAUCUGUGUGAGGAUGUUGAUUUUGAGGAAGAGCAUUCUCUAUGGCUACAGAAUCUGCUAAAUAUAUGUGUAGCGUAUACUUCUCAGAACGAAAUGAAACGUGCUUUUGUCACUAUAAAACGCGGAAUUCGAAACGGUUUACUGGAGAAAACGGAUAUAAAUGAAUAUUUAAUAGCAAAGUGCCUUGAUAGUUCUGACUCGCGUGACCCAGACAUGUUGAUACGAACCAGCGGUGAAUACCGUUUAAGCGACUUCCUACUGUGGCAAUGUUCUACAUGUUAUAUACAUUUUGACAGCGUAAUGUGGCCAGACUUUGGUUACUGGAAUUUGUGUAAAGCGUUCCUCGGGUACCAGAACAGCCUUUCAAAAAUUGAGGUAGAAAACUUCUUGUUCAGCUGCUUUAGCAAAAUCAGAUCGUCUUUCAAGUAA